CUCCUCCCAUGUGUCCAGGCCCCUCCCCCUUCCUGUGUGUCAGUAUAAAACAUGCCGUCCUCUCUCCCACACUCAUUCACAGCCUGAACACUGGAGGAGCAAAGCUCAGCAUCUUCAGACUCAGCAUCUUCUGGUCCGCACUAAAACUGCAGCCAUGAAUGUAGGUAUCUGUGUGUGUGUUCUCCUGGCUGCUUUGUCCAGCGGUUCCUUGAGUCUCCCCUCACAGUCCAUGUCACAGAGAGCUGAGGGUGAGGCUCUGGUAUCAGACAGCCUGCCUCCCAACUCUCCCCACCACACACGCCAGGCCCGCUCGGCUGCAGCGCCUCCCUCAGGGCACCUCGCCAACUACAACCAGCCCCAAGAAGACGCAGAUGCUCGAAACAGCCUGAGCCAGCUACUGGCCAGACUCAUCUCCAGGAAAGGCUCUCCCUACCAGACCAGAUCCUCCCUGACCAGCAGAGCCAGUGGUCUCGCCCCCGGCCACAGGAUAAAGGACAGAGAUUACCUCGGCUGGAUGGACUUUGGACGACGCAGUGCAGAGGAGUAUGAAUACUCCUCCUAAAGGCAUGGCUUGCUUUGAGCUGAAAGCCGAGUUACAACCCCCAUCAACGUCAAUAAAAGCCCACAAAAAUAAUGAGCCCUUUUCACAAUGCACUUACUGUAACCAAGGGCUGGAUGACUGGAUCCCAAAAUGAGUUUAGCAUCAUAAUAUAUAAAGAAAGGAGAAAAGCAUUCCAAAGAGCGUAUCCUCCAUGGACCCUGAGUCAAGUGCUCCCCACACUGUAUUCAAGCACAAAUGUAAGAGAUAUGGCUGACAAUAUUCUAUAUUAUUGUUAAUGUCAGGAAAUCCUCUGAAAAAAUAAAAGUUAUUCCAUCUCUCAAUACUUAAGACUUCUUUACCCCGUAUAAAGCUCUCUUUUUGUUCCUAUUGAAAACAUAAACUAUUUGAACAGCU